CACGACAUGGGGUCUGAGACAUCCCAACCUCUUCAGUCCUUCAAGAUCGAUGAGCCUCCCGAUACCGCUGCCGCGCCCGCCAAGCCUGCACCAGCCAAGCCUGCGCCCCCAGCUACACCCGCAGCGCCAAACUCCCCAGCAGAAUCCCGCCUGUUUAAUAACUGCUGGAGCUGUCGCCUGCUUUCUGGGUUGGGGCUGCUGGGGGCAGGCGGAUACGUGUACUUGGUGGCACGGAGGCCCAUGAAGAUGGGAUAUCUCCCGAGUCCAGGCAAUAUUACUCAGAUGGUCAUCGGCAUCAUUAUUGCCACCUGGGGUAUCGUUAUCAUGGCAGAUCCCAAAGGGAAGGCCUACCGCAUUGCUUGAAAGUACCACCAGUCAAUUUGUCUUCUCCUGUUCCUGUCCCCUUGACACACAGAGCAGACAUGGA